AUGCCUCUGCUGUACGUGCGGGCUGUAGUUCCCUUUGAGGCCGGCGCCAAUGCCACCGAUGUGCUCAUCAACGAGGUCCAUUUCAAUCGCACCGCACUCAAUUACUAUCACUACACGCUCUUCAGCAAUGGGACCCUUUCCAAUGGCACGGACUGCUAUCUUGCCUUCAAUCAGUUCCAACCACACAUGAACGAGAAUGGGACUUUCGUGAACGGAACCUCCUGCUAUGCACCUAUUCGGGAUAUAGGUCGACAUGCGUCGGCUGGCCUGGCUUUUGCCUUCAUGUUUGUCUUUGCGAUUGUUUUCACCUUGAUCAACAUGCGCAAGCAUAGCCGGCGGUAUCUGCCUGCUGAUCGCCGGUGGACACUCCUGGGUCGUCGGGCGAAAUGGAUCUGGAUGCUCUUCAUUGCCGCCUGCGGCACCAUUAGCUGCUUCAUGAGCAUCGACGUGGAUCGAGGGUACAUUGUGAGCGUCCCGUUGAUUCUGCAAAGUGUGUUCUACACUCUGUUGACGCCGGGGAUGAUGGCCGCGGUAUGGGAGGCGGUCCGGCACUGGGGCUCCUGGCAAGAGCGGCAGAUCUACGAUCGGGAUCCGUACGCAUUCCAAGUAUCCAGCAGCCGGCAAGGUCAGGAGUUUGUGCUCCCGAUCAUCUUCUACGGAUGCGCUUUGGCCAAUUUUGUCUUGACCGUCCCGCGCUCUUGGACCGCCAUUGAGAUGCAACGCAGUCUCGACCAACAGCUCAAUGAAGCCAAGCCGGUCGCUACAGAUGUACGAUGGCGUGCCGCCGGAUUUGUCGCGGUGGCCGGCGUCUUAGUGAUCUGCUACAGCCUGGAACAUAGCAUCUACCGCUACCGGGCGCGACCGACCAGCACCAUAGGCCAGCUCUUGUUCUACUUGAAUGCGGCCCCAUCGCAAUUCCUCAUAGCUAUUGUGUUGCUUGGCGUAAAGAUCGGAUACGCUAUUGCCUCUGCCUUCGACUGGACAGUGUCCCCCUUGAGGUACGGAGUCGAUUCUGGAUGGCUCUACGGGCUGGGAUACACGCCGGUGCUGCUCUUGCUCAUUCUGUUCAAUAUCUGUGGAUUCUGCGAGCUGAAUGAAGAUAAAGCCUUGAUCGUGCAGCGAGACGAAUUCAACCAUGCAGUUGCUGAUGCUGUGGGAGUCGGACAGCGGAAGCCCAGCUGGUGGAAGAAGAGCCGCACCUUCGUUCGAGAACUUAGUGAUCAUCGCCAACGCCAGGGCUCGCAGCAAGACGAUCGUGAUAUGAGUCGGUUUGUGGAGAUGGGGAUCAUCAAGCCACGAGAGCAACCUCAGGAGGACGAACCCAAGCCGGAGACAUGGGUGACUACGCGUACUGCCAGUCAGGGCAGCGAGUCGACUGCGGUGGCGCGUACGGAGAGCAGUCCGGAGACCAGCCCACCGUAUGUCGAAUAUACUCUGCAGCCGGAGUUGUCUCGGAAUACUUCUAACGAGAUGGAGGUACAUGGGCGCCCGCAGACUGAAAGGGACAUAUUGGGAUAG